AGUGUUGCACUUCCGUUUCGCAACUUUCAAGCUAAGAACUACAACCUCGUGCACCAUGGCCAUUAGUCUAACAGAUGCCAUUGAAAUUCUUGUGGAAAAAGCUACCUUAUAUGAGAGACCAGAAUUGGCAACAUAUAGAAAGGAUGCGGACGAGAUCACCCGGAAAAUAGUUGAGGGCUUGGGUGAAGCUGGGCCAAUUUUCAUUACUGAAUUUGAAGACUUGAAAGCAACAAGUUUAUUCUGGACCCAUCCGUUUCCACAAUUCCGGGUCCCAGUUCUUUGGUUAAACAUGACUUUUCAGAUUGAAGAUUCGGGGCUUGCUGUUGGAGAAAAGAUCCCUAAACUGAAGCUGAAGACCAACCUACGGUGCAGUCCUGCCAACGGCAGCGACAUAAACGGGGAGCAUUUCAACACGUUGUUUACGUUCCAUAUAAAUAGAGCUUGUGAAGAAAUGCAAAAUUUUGGUUGCAGCAGUGGAAAUAGGUAUAAGGUGACCUCUGACACGACUCUGCAGGAUAAGCGUCUAUUUUAUACCAUAACCGCUUCACAGUAUGUUGGAAAUGGUUUUAACAAGAUCACUCCGAUAUUUUACCAUUUCAUUCUGGGAUUUAAGUUUAUGAACAAUAACCAUUGCUAUUCUUACUCGUCUGAUGGGUUUGCCAAAUUCUGUCGACCUCUCGACAUCUCCAAACCUCAUAGGUUGGCACAAAUGCUGUCCGUUUUGGGCAAAUUGCUCAUGAACUUAAACAUUAAUCCGGCCAUGGCAGUCGAUACGGCAUAUAGAGUUAUGAGCUAUUCAACAGAAUUUACCGAGAUUUUGAUUGAGGCCAUCAGACUGUGCGUUCCUUCCGCCAGCAAUCCACGUGACUUAUCUGCUGUUCACAUUAAGAUGUUGAACUGGAAGAAGGAUGAUGCAGUGGUUCUCUCGGAGCUAUUGGAGCUCUUUUCCAUUCCAUAGAUGGAUAAAAAAAGGAAGUACAAGUCGGA